UCUCCUCCCGCCGAUGGACCUGGCCCGGCGCGGCAGCGCCGACCGGGGCUCGGCCUCCGGCGCAGGGUCUCGACCCGGCCCCCCGCGCGGCCCCGGGAGCGCGGCUCGCCUCCCGCCCGACGUUGGGGUUUCGGCGGCGCCUUUCAUCGGUGGCGGCGUCCCGGGCGGCCGUAGGAGCUCCCGACCGGACGGGCACGGCUUCGGGCACGGCUGCUCGCGGCGCGCAGGAACCGAGGAGCGGCCCCAGGCCCAGACCCCGCCCGAGGGUCUCCCGCUGCCGGCCUUGCUGUCCCCCGGCCCGGGUAGUCCCCCGUCCCCGGCAGCGCCCGGCCGGGUUACAUUACCCGCGCCGGCCCCGCCGGAGCGGCGGGAGAUGCUGCCCAAAGCGGAGUCCAGCGACCACAUCGCGGCCUGGGCGGGCCCCGCGGUGCCCCGCGCCCCCACGCUGCCCAAGGCCGUGUCCAGCGAGUUCCUCGCCGGCGGAUGGGCGGGCCUGACCCCCCGAGCGGAGCCGGGCGAGCUGCCCGUCCUCGCCCGGCCCCUCGGUCGUCUCGGCCCCAGCGACGUCUGCGAUCUGCUGCCGGACUGCCCGGGACGAGCCCCGGAGGACGGCGCGUUCCGCAUCACAGUGGUCACCUGGAACGUAGGUACAGCCAUGCCCCCAAAUGAUGUGACGUCCCUGCUGCACCUCAACACGGGCGAGACAAACGAUGUGGACAUGAUCGCCAUUGGGCUGCAGGAGGUAAACUCCAAGAUAAACAAGCGCUUGAAGGAUGCCCUCUUCACAGAUCAGUGGAGUGAACUCUUCAUGGAUGUGCUGAGCCCCUUCCACUUCAUCCUGGUCAGCACAGUGCGGAUGCAAGGUGUGAUCCUGCUGGUGUUUGCCAAGUACUACCACCUGCCCUUCCUUCAGGACAUCCAGACAGACUGCACCAGGACAGGGCUGGGGGGAUACUGGGGCAACAAGGGUGGGGUGAGUGUUCGUCUCUCCAUCUUCGGCCACAUGGUCUGCUUCCUGAACUGCCACCUGCCAGCACACCUGGAGAAGGCAGAGCAGCGCAAGGAGGACUUUGCCACCAUACUGCACAUGCAGCAGUUUGAGGGGCCCGUGGCCAACGGCAUCCUGGACCAUGAGGGUCUCCCCUGCAUCCCAGCACAGCUUGGAGAUCAGGUCUUGCCUGCAGAGCUGGCCCAGCAUGGACUACUCAGCAUGGUGGGCCUCGUGUUCUGGUUUGGGGACCUGAAUUUCCGCAUCGAGAGCCUGGACAUCUGUUUUGUGAAGUAUGCCAUUGACAGCAAUGUCCUGAGCCAGCUCUGGGAGAAGGAUCAGCUGAACAUUGCCAAAAGCACGUGGCCUGUUCUCAGAGGCUUCCAGGAGGGACCCCUGAACUUCCCACCCACUUUCAAGUUUGAUGUGGGCACCAACAAGUAUGACAGCAGUGCCAAGAAGCGAAAACCUGCCUGGACUGACCGCAUCCUGUGGAAGAUAAAACCUCCCAGCAAGGGGUUGGGCACAGGCGGGCACCGGCCCAGCCAGGGUGUGCUGUCAGUGAGCCAGCUGUGCUACUGCAGUCACAUGGAAUACACCGUCAGUGACCACAAGCCAGUAGCUGCCAUCUUUGCCGUGCAGUUUGCUUCUAAGGUGGACAAGCCCCUGGUUGAGAUUUAUGUGGCUGACGAGUGGAGCAGGCCUGAGCAGGCAGUUGUCAGGUACAAGAUGGCUGUUGGCUUCCACCGGAGCUCCUGGGACUGGAUAGGACUCUACCGGGUGGGGUUUCGGCACCCUAAAGACUAUGUGUCCUAUGUCUGGGCCAGGAGCGAUGAUGGGGAGCGCUGCCUGGAGAAGCAGCUGUGUGCACAGGUGAUGUUCUCUGAGGAAGCACUGCCCAAGGGGAACGGCGAAUACAUCCUUGGAUACUACAGCAACAUCUCCAGUAGCAUCGCUGGUGUGACUGAGCCCUUCCAGAUUUCCCUACCCAGGUCAGAGGAGGGCAGCAGCUCUACAGACAGCUCAGGCAGCAGCUCAGAAGAGGAUGACAGUACACUUGUCCUCCUGGCUCCCAAAUCCCGUAGUCCCAGCCCGGGCAAGAUGAAACGUCACCGGAGCCGAAGCCCCAGCCUGGCCAAGUUCCAGGGCCUCAUCCUGCGGCCAUCAAGCCGGGACAGGGGUACAAGCCGCAGUCCCUCACCCCAGAGCCGUUGCAGCCUCCCCAGGAAUAUCCCCACCAUUCAUCUGCCCCAUGAGGAGCCGGGGCACCGUGAAGUCAAGAGUAAGGAGCUGGGAGAGGCAGCUGAGAGCCCAGACAGCAGCUCAUUCUACCAGACUGUGCAGGAGCAAAGUGGCCUCCGGCGUGUCUCUGCUGACAGCUCCCUGGCCAGGGCUGACCCCCGGAACAUGGGCCUGCUGCCUGCACUGCGCCUGGAGACGAUUGACCAGGCCCUGGGCCGGCAGCGGGAGAGUGCAGACCAGGGCUAUUAUCCUUGCCGAAGAAUGAGCCCCACCAGCCCCCCAGGCUGCGGCCCGUCCCCAAAGGAGGGGCACAGCCCCCAGGAGCUGGACAGACAUAGCUGUGCCAUGGGCCGCUGAUGCAGUGGCUCCCUUCCUCCUCCCCGUAGCGCGCUUGCUGUGUGCUUUCCUCUGCCACUUCCCUGCUGAGACACUCCCUCCGUUAUUUAUUGCAGUGACUCCUCACCCCUGUUGUGUGCCUGGCAAGUAGAGGCCCCCCUUUGCUGCUCCCCCAUACAGGGGAGCAUGGGCAAAACUGGUCUCAUGUGGUUUGGGGAACCUCUCAUGAAUUUCCAAGUGCAGGACUCUUGUCCCAUGGGAGGAGUGCUGGCCUCACACUUGAGGUGGCUCAAAAGGCCAGGGCAGGGCUCUGGCAGGAAUGGUGACAGGCACAGAGCAAGGACUCCCACAGGGUACCCUGGAGAUCAAAGCUUGCUCCUUCCCUGCUCUGCCACUGUGCCUCAGCCUGAACAUAGUGCAAGUGACAAAAUAAAUGAUCCUGCCCA